UAUAAUGCUUUAUAUACGCGGUAAACGAAAAUUAUUUUUUAAUAAUUAUAAUAUAAUAUUGUUUCUAUUAAUUCUCUACGUAUCUCUAAGUAAUUGCACUUUAUCACCUACUAAAACUAAAGAUAAAAAAAUAAGGGAUGUUAAGAGAGGACCAUUAGAUAUAAGUGUUUUUGAUAGAAAUUUAAUAAGUGAUAAACCUAAUUCAAAAGAUAUAUUACGUGAAAAUCAAGCCUAUUUUGAAAAUACAAACGUGAGAAACUUCAAUGGAUCAAUUCUAGGUUAUGUUACUCCUUGGAAUGGACAUGGAUAUGAUGUGGCAAAAAUGUGGGCUGAUAAAUUUGCUUUUAUCAGUCCAGUAUGGUUGCAAAUUAAAAAGGAAUUAGAAGGAAAAUAUGUCGUAACUGGACAACAUGACAUAGAUAAAAAAUGGGUGGAAACUCUACGAAAAUCUAAAGUUCAAGUUAUUCCACGGGUGUUGUUUGAGAAUUGGAAUCAGGAUGAUAUUACAUCAUUGGAUAAACCAGGGGAAUUAAAAGCAUUAAGUGACGCAUUAUAUAAAGUAUGUGAUGAUAAUAACUUCAAUGGAAUCGUGUUAGAAUUAUGGUUUCAAUUCCUUGGACACAUUCCCAACAAGAAAAUGUCUCACAUCAUAAGAAAAAUUUGCUCACCAUUUAUAACAAACGAUAUGCAAUGCAUUGUUGUUGUUCCUCCUUUCCGUGGAUCUAAUCAACCUGAUCUCUUUUCAAAAUCAGAUUUUGAAUCUUUGUAUAAACACGUUUCUGCAUUUUCAUUAAUGACGUACGACUUCUCCAACCCUCAAAGACCAGGGCCAAAUGCUCCAAUUCCAUGGAUAAAAAAAUGCAUAGAACAUUUAGUUCCUGACUCAGAGGACAAAGAAAAAAGAAAACUAAUCCUCAUGGGUAUGAACAUGUAUGGUUAUGCAUAUACACCUCAAGGAGGUGGUGCACUUUUGGCUCCUGAUUACAUUAAUAUGCUUGGAUAUCACAAAGGAUCUUUAAAAUAUGACACAGAAGCACAAGAACACUUUUUCGAGGUCAAAACUAGUGAAAGUCGGUUUGUAGUAUUUUAUCCAACAUUGCAUUCCAUAAAUACGAGGAUUCAACUUGCGGCUGAGAUGGGAGUUGGAUUAGCAUUAUGGGAAUUAGGACAAGGUUUAGAUUAUUUUUAUGAUUUAUUUUAAAGUGUAUCGAACUUGUUAUGAAAUUUAAUA